AUGCAGGCGACGACCAGCAGCCCCGCUGUAGUCGAUGGCUCAGCGGCCAACUACGACGGUGCAUUCUCUCAAGAGCAGCGGUGGGUGAACAGCAAACCGAAAGCAUUCCGUUUUGAUAGCCGCAACAACAAGACAGGCGGGGGCCCACAGGCCCAAGACACCAACAAUGAGUCUCCCAUUAGUAACACUACGUCUCUCCCUGAUCGCAUAGCUGUGAACACCGCCCUCUAUGAAGCCGUCCGCAACCUCUCAGAAACACCCGAUGUAUUGAAUCAGGAAAGAAGACUUGACGAUAUCCAAUCACAACGCCUACCAACUCCCACUAAGAGACGAAGAACCGAGACUGUUCCUCAUGAUGGAGGCCAAUUCCUCCCAGCAUCGCCAUCGGGCUCCGGCACAUCGGGUGCAUCCCCAUGGUCGACGACAGCUCUGCCCACUGGCAGAAUCCGCCUGAACGAGGAACCACAUGUUCCCAGUCCACACGCCACCGGUCCCUCCGUCACCGUCGAUCAGUUCUCCCCUUCAGCAGACAGCUACCACCAACCCAGCGAACACGAGCCCGUCGGCGGCCUGCACACCCACCCGCCGAGCGACGGCAUCCAAGAAGCCUGCCUCCUGCGAUACUUCACGGAGGAGCUCUCUCAAUGGUUCGAUCUCUGCGACGAAGAGAGGCACUUCCAGCUCAUCGUCACCCGCCGCGCGCGCGCGUGCCAGCCCCUCCGCGACGCCACCCUCGCUGUCGCCGCGCGGCAUCUCUGCCGGCACCCCCGGUUCCGCACGGAGCCCGGUGGGGUGAUCGUGUACCAGAACCAGCUCCUGCCGGACCUGACGCCGCAGAGCGCGAUUGAGUACAUGCUGCGGUGCAUACCUGCCCUGCAUGAGGUCUCGCGGACGCAGGACGAGGAGUAUAGAGAGAAUCUGGCCGCCGCGGCGCUUAUUUUGCGACAGUUCGAGGAGAUGGACCCUGAAGAGGCGCAGAGCGCGACGAGCUCUGAUUUUGGAAAUGGUAUCGGCAAUGUCAACUUCCUUGAUAUCACGAAGGCGAUCUUGCGAGCUGCGCCGUCACGGUGGUCGGGGCUGUUGAGUGCCGUGUACUGGGUAGCGGUCCGGCAGGAGAUCUACUUCGCCUUGACGCUGGAGCGGUCUCCGCAGAUAACAGCGCAACCGCCAGACUUGGACAGAGAUACUUGCUUCGCAAACAAGCUCAUUUGGUUCAUGUCUGAAGUCGCUAAGUGGAAAAUGGGAGAAAGGUCAGGGACUGAGUGGGAGAGGCUGAGAAACGAGGAGGAGGUUUUGAUCGUCGAGGCAGUCCGUCAAUUCAUACCCAUUGUGCAGCGGCCUGCGGACAGGUCCCGAGCGGGCAAGUGUCCAAUCGACGCGCGCAGAGAGACGCAGAACACCAAGUUCGCGCCAUGA